UGGUGGGAUGGCAGAUGAGGAAGAAGACCCCGCGUUCGAGGAAGAAAGUGAAGAAAUCGGAGGAGGUGCCGAAGGUGGACAGGGCAAAAGAAAAAGACUUUUUUCUAAAGAAUUACGAUGUAUGAUGUACGGGUUUGGAGAUGACCAGAAUCCUUACACUGAAUCAGUAGACAUUCUUGAAGAUCUUGUCAUAGAGUUCAUCACAGAAAUGACUCACAAGGCAAUGUCAAUUGGAAGACAAGGUCGAGUACAAGUUGAAGAUAUUGUCUUCUUGAUUCGAAAGGACCCAAGAAAGUUUGCUCGAGUUAAAGACUUGCUUACUAUGAAUGAAGAAUUGAAAAGAGCUAGAAAAGCAUUUGAUGAAGCAAACUAUGGAUCUUGACAAAUUUUGUAUUUUCUGAAGCUUCAUUAUCUUCUGUGGAAACUGUAGUAACUAUAUGUCUUCUGUGAUAUUCUGAUAUCUAACCAUGCAAAUGAAUGAAAAGUGGAGAAACACAAAAUUUGCAGCCUUUUUUUCUCAUGUCUUUGAUU